CAACUCCAGCCCUAGAUUGUUAGUGCACACGGCCCCCAAUGUAACCCUCAGGGAAACCAAAUCUACUUUGAGGCUGAUGAUGAAGAUCUCACGAUUCCAUGGCCAGGAGCCGAGGUAGCCGUUACCAUGGCCGAUUGCGUCGAGGUGAUCAGGGACUCCAUCGAUGAGCUGCAACAGUCUAUAGGAGAACUCGGUCACAUUAGUAGCUCGAACUUUUCGCUUUCAAUGAGCGAUGUUCAGACCUGGAUUAGCGCGGCACUGAUGGACGAGGAUACUUGUAUGGAUGCAUUUGAAGGGAACAACAUGAAUGGAUAUGCAAAGACUGCGGUGAGGAAACGAAUUGUUAAAAUUGCACAUUUGACGAGCAAUGCCCUGGCUCUCGUCGACAACUAUGACUCAACUCAAGGUUACUACUUACCUCUAUGCUUAUCAUCAAAACAGGGCAAUGAGAAAAUUGUAUCCUAAACUAAUCUUCUAAGUAAGAAGCAGAUAAUAGUUGUAAGAUAGCACGAGAUUGAAGAUUUGUGCUGUAAAUUGUAUUACUUUAUUUAUUGAUUUGUGUGCCAUAUUGUAUCAUGGGAAUAUGAAGUUUUAAGUGAGU